AUGGAUUGUUUCUCUUACUUUGUUGGCCAACCAAACAACAAAGAAAAGAAGAAGAAAAGCAGAAAAGUAGUGAAGCUCUCUACAGACCCACAAAGCGUGGCGGCUCGAGAGAGGAGGCACAGGAUCAGUGACAAGUUCAAGACAUUGCAGAACUUGGUCCCUGGUGGUGCUAAGAUGGACACAGUGUCCAUGUUAGAGGAAGCUAUUCACUAUGUCAAGUUCUUGCAGACUCAGAUAUGGCUUCAUCAGACCAUGAUCGACUUUAUGGACGAUCAUGAUCAUGACACUUCUGUGUUGAUUCCACCUAAUAGUGGUGGUGUUGAUCAGUGGAGUCUCUGCUUGCCAGAAAACUUGGUGGGUAGUGGAGAAGUGGUGGCGCCGCCGGAUUCUUGUUUCCAAGGUGGAGAAACCAAGGGUUUUGGUGGAACCAUGAAUUACUAG